AUGAAUAUAAUAGAGGGAAAUGUCAACACUAUUCACCAUGCUGGUAUUGAGCUGGGAACAGAAGCAUUUAGGGCCAACUUUGCUUCGAGACUCGGUGGUGAGAAAGCUGAGGCCGAACUGGCUUAUGAACUACAAGCAGCAAAGACAAAGCAACGAAUCAAAGAAGAGCAGAUGCAGAUUCUUGUUGUAGAACGAAGCCAAGAGAUUGCAGUCCAGGACCAAGAAAUUCAGCGAAGGGAGAGAGAACUUGAAGCUACUAUAAGACGUCCUGCAGAAGCAGAGAAGUAUAAGUUGGAGAAACUUGCUGAAGCAAACAGAAACAGAGUGAUACUUGAAGCAGAGGCUGAAGCUGAAGCUCUUCGUGUCAGAGGAGAAGCAGAAGCAUUUGCUAUUGAGGCAAAGGCUCGAGCUGAAGCAGAACAAAUGGCAAAAAAAGCAGAUGCCUGGAAGGACUACAAGGAAGCAGCAAUGGUUGAUAUGCUCCUUGAAACAUUACCCAAGGUUGCAGCAGAAGUUGCUGCUCCUCUGUCACAGGCAAAGAAGAUAACUAUGGUAUCAGCAGGAAAUGGUGAGGUUGGUGCUGCCAAGCUCACUGGUGAAGUCCUUAGUAUUGUCAGUAAAGUCCCUGAAGUGGUAAAAACUCUAACAGGUGUUGAUAUUGUGAAGGUAAGUAACAAUUGCGGGAACUAUCUCUGCAAAGAGAGCCAUUGUUUAGCACGUAAAAAAUGGGACACAGCACGAUUACUAUGGGGGUGGUGGAUAGAAAUGUUUGAUGUUGUUUGGAAAGGAAAUGGGGAACAAUUGAUCUAG